CAGCUUAGCGGCCACUAACAAGAUUUGGAGUAAUGCUGUGAACACGCUACUAAACGCUAUGGGUACAUAUCAUGUGAAGGAUUGGAGACUUGAUAAACUUAACGUAAAUUCCCUUUGAUGGAUGGUCGUCGAAGCUAAUAAAGAAUAUUGCUGGCUUUUAUUAGAGAGCAUCUUAUUGGACGAGGACCUCCAACCACUAUGGCCACGGGAGCAGCAUACUCAUGAUAAUAGAAAGAAGCAUAUGCUUCCGCUUGCAUCACCUAUCCCUAGUUCACACGAUCCCACAUUUUCACCACCACUCAAGCGCAAGAAAGACCCACUCCCGCUAUCAGAUCGCACCGCAAAAUCUCAACGCAUGACUGACCAUCUCACGGCUCGAUUAGCAACGACAUUAUACGUCAGUUCGUCCAUGAAUCCUCAUAAUUCGAACCACAUUCAUCAAACUGGAAUGGAGAACAUACGAGGGUUUCAUCGAGUGCAAGAGCAAAUAGAUUCUCAUCAUCAUACAGCGGUCCACGAUUCUACUGAUCGUACAUCAGAACCGCGGAAAUACAGGAAACCCGGUCGAAAUCGUUCAAACCCCACAACACCAGUCCACAGCCAUCCCCCAAGCCCGGGUGUCAUCUCGAUCAGUGGAAAUGAAGGCUUGUUUCCGCCUUCCUCAUCGAUUUCGAAUUCAAACAUGAUUCCUCAUAAUACACCUUCAAGUAGGCAAGCAUUUGAAUCAUUUGCUAGAAAUAAUAUUCCAUCAAACAUUUCUCUGGAUCCCGCAUCAACUUCUCAACCAAGUAGUCUGCUGAUUAGACGAGAGAACCGAAGUAGACAGCAUCCAAUUCGUCCAUCCGCACAUCAACACUUGGCUAUGGCUACUAGACUGGCACUCUUUCAUCGAAUUGUAUCUACAACAAAGUCUGUGUCAGCUCAAACUAUAGAUAUGGAAAUCUGGAUUGCGGAACAAAUUGUCAAGCGUGGAUUUCCGGAUCGCUCCUCUUUUGAAGCGGCCAUGACCUCACAAACUCAAGCGUUGAAUGCUGCAUUGUCAUCACUUGGAGAGGGUUUUUCGCGAAGACUCCAGCUCUUGGCGUCAGCUCAUCGUUCUCAGGAUCAAGAAAUUGUUGUGUAUAGUCACAUUCAGACAGUCGUGGACGCUAUUUUAGAGACAGCACAUUCGCUUUGUGGAUCAGACUUUGAUAUGUCAGUCAGUCGUAUUUGUCCUCAAUGGUCAUUGCAUGAGGGUUCAAUUGAACAAAUUAUACAUUAUGUGCAGGCUGUGGAGAGCAUCCGUGAAAUCCUAUCAGAUCAAUUCCAACAUCCGCAGGAUCUCGCUGAAGAUUUGGCGCGUUCUCAGGAGGUGAUUGAUUAUCAAAGAAAUCUCUUCGGUGAGGUGCUUCGUAAUAACGGCUUGACAUGGCGAGCCCUGGGUUUACCGUCGAUGGAGGAGCACCUACAGAGGACACAAGAAUGGAUUUUGAACUUGGCCAAGACAUUAACAUUCAAAGUUCAAGCUGAAGUUCAGUUUGCUAACGAAAGUGCACUCCACCGUCACGCUACCUUGGAUUCAUAUCGAAACGCCGUGAUGGAUGAGGAAGAAAUAGACUCCAUAAUGGGAAGACCUGUUAGUGAGUUGAUGGAGCUGGUGCUACAGGGGGCGAUAUUGUCAGAAUCAUGUCUGGAGCUCUCAGGAAAACGUUGUCCAAUUCUUGUCACUGCAUGGAUGGAGCUGGCAUGUCAAUACUGUGCAUAUGCACUAGCCAAGCAGAAUGAACAUGUUCUCAAAGCAAACCAGGCUCGGUCUGUGGAAAACAUAAAGAAUGAGGACUUCAAAUCGACAGGGUCGAGACCUCAGACGCAAUAUCCACAGAUUCACCACCAUUUACAGUCAAAGAUGACGCGUGGAGCAAUCUUAAAGACUAUGGAGCUAUUUGAAAGCGUCAAUCGUCUAUUACAAUGUGUAAUGGAGAUGCGGGAGAGCGAAGAACCAGAUAGUCUGAGCCUUGGAGCUUUGACAUCAGGCCCAAAUACUUCUGGUGAUUUAGAAGAUCUCCAAGCAUUUCAUGGAGCAAGUACAGCUUCAAGUGAUCAAGAUGAUGCCAUGGAUUUUGUAUCUACUUCUUCAAGCUCAGGCUCAUUUUCAUAUGAACAGGGCUUUCAACAGCAACAUCAGCAACAAGAGCAGUCGCGUCCACAACAGCGGAGGUCGCCUAUGGAGCCGGCGCUAUUGAAACGAUUAAUCACUGUGGAAUCUCUAGCCUCUGUGCUGGUUGAGAUGGGACUUGAGUUGUGCGAGUCGAUGGCAGAAAUCCUUGGCUAUCGAUACCAUAAAGCCUCAUCAAAAUCAAGCCUCAAUGGUGCAGUGGUCCCCAACAGUCUGCCAUCGCCUUCCUUGGGUGCAACGUCUUCUUCUGGAAUUGCACUAUUAUCUCAUGAUGGGCAUCCUGCCGCUGCCACCACAAUCCCAUCAUCUAUUCGAGCGGCGGCUGCACUUUCAUCGUUGACAACCUUUGCAGGUGGUAGAGCUAUGGUUUCCGGUACAGGAGGUCUGGGUUUGAUUUUUGUUCAAUUUGUGAUUCGUCUUUUAAGCAAAAUCAUUGAAUUUGCAGGACUAGACUCGACUCAAGAGCAUCGACUUUUGAGAAUACACGUCAGCUUACAGAACUUGGAGCAUGCAUUAUCGAGUUAGUCAGGGUCCAAAUAGAAUGAUGAAUAAAUGUUGAAUACAGAGUGGCU